CGCUUAAAGGUUAUGUCACUGACUUCUUUUGUUUAGUUUAGUGGAUUGUCUUAAAGGUAGUUGUGAUGUCUGCAAUUGUCAAACUUGAAGUGGAACGAGAAGAAGAACUAAAUGAAUUCAUCGAUGAGAAAGUGUUACUUCAUAAUGUGUCCAGUAUGAUAAAAGCAGAACUUGACGAGAUUGCCAUCCGUGCCACACAUCAAAAUGAGGUGCCUCAGCAGAAUGAAGUUUUUAAUUGUACCAAGUGUGAUUACACGACGAAUAAUAAACACACUUUGAAAACACAUCUGUUAGGGCACAAGAUUUCGAAGAAAUUUAAAUGUGCCCAAUGUGAUUAUGCAACAAAUAAUUCUAAUUAUUUUAAAGCUCAUUUAUUAACUCACACAGGAAAAAGUUUUAAAUGUGGCCAGUGUGAUUACACAGCGAUUUUUAAAAGUCAUUUGAGUAAACACCUGGUCACGCACAGAGAUUUAAAAUGCGCUCAAUGUGUUUAUGCAACUAAUAGUAAGGCACGUUUGAAAACGCAUCUACUAAAACAUAAGGCUUCAAAGGAUCUCAUGUGUGCACACUGCGAUUACGUAACUAGUAAUAAAUGCCAUUUAAAAGGACAUCUCUAUAGUAAACAUAGAAGUUCGAAGGAUCUGAAGUGUUCGCAGUGUAAUUUCGAAACCAAUUACAAGUCUUAUUUUAAACAACACGUAUUAACACACAGCGUGCCCGUGGUUUUUAAAUGCGCUCAUUGUGAUUACACAACCAGGGACAAAUGCAAUUUACGAACGCAUCUGUCAGUACACAGGGCUGCCAAGGAUUUGAAAUGCUCACAGUGCGAUUACAUGACGAAUUUUAGAUCUUGUUAUAAAACACAUCUGUUAAUACAUAAGACCACCAAGGAUUUCAAGUGUUCUCAGUGUAAUUACGAAACUAAUAAUAAGUACCAUUUUAAGAAUCAUCUCUUAAAACACACCUCCGUUGAUUUGAAAUGUUCACAUUGCGAUUUCACAACCAAUAACAACUCUCAUCUCAAGACGCACCUUUUAACACACUUUGAGCAUUUCAAGUGUGCUCAUUGUGAUUACGUUACAAAUCGCAAAUUUUAUUUAGAAAAGCAUCUGUUAAAGCACAAGACUGUAAAAUGUGCUCAUUGUAAUUACUCGACCAAUAAUAAUUCUCGUUUUAAAGCACACCUGUGGAGGCAUAAAAAUUCGUAUAAAUGUGCUCAGUGUGACUAUGUAACCAUUUAUAGUAGCCAUUAUAACAGACAUCUUUUAAGGCAUACGACUUCUAAGGAUAUAAAAUGUGAUCGGUGUAAUUACGCGACCAAUCAUAAACAAAAUUUGAAAGUGCACAUGCGAACGCACAAGAAUUCCAAGGAGUAUAAAUGCGAUCAGUGUGACUUCGCCACGAAUUACAAACAUCAUCUAAAUCAGCAUGUUUUAAGACACCAUGCUUCGUGCAAGUGAUAAAUCUGUUGCAGAAAUGUGAGCGAAUUUUUGCAGUAUCUGUAGUGAAGAUAUCGUGCUCUCCACUCCAUGUAAGGUUAAACAAUUGUACUUGUUAAUUAACAAUUAGGUAUCUAUAUUAUACAUCUCAUAUGCAAUUAACUAUGUGAAAAGGUCAAUAAACACAAUAAA